GAGUAAAAUUUAGUGUUAUUAUACACAAGUUUGGCAAUAGGGAUUUUAACCCUAAUUAGUGUCCUAAAGAGAUCAAAUGGAUGGUUUUUUACAAUGAAAUUUAGUUCAAAGAAAUGUGAGUUGCCUCCUGGUGACAUGGGCUGGCCAUUAGUAGGGAACAUGUUUUUUUUCUUCCAAAGUUUCAAAGAUGGUAAUCUUGGCUCAUUUGUCUCCUACUUUGUUACUAGGUUUGGAGAGGGAGGGAUGUGCAAGGCAUUCAUGUUUGGUAAGCCAAGCAUUAUCAUCACAAAAGUUGAAACAAGUAGAAAAAUAUUUAUGGAUGAUGAUAAUUUUGAUAGAGGUAUGCCAAAAUAUAUCUUAAAAAUACUAGGACAAGUUCAAGUUGGUGGAUUUACAAAAGAAGAAAGCAAGCGUCUACAUAGACUAACAACACCAAUAAAAAGUGACAUAUCAUUAUCAUCAAAUUACUUUGAUUUUGCAAAUGAAAUUGUGAAAAAUUCAUUUGAGAAAUUGGUUGCCAUGGAAGAACCAAUUGAUAUCCUCUUAGCAAUGACAAGGCCAACAUUUGCAGUGUUAAUGAGAAUUCUUAUAGGUGAUGGAGUUGAUCAUGAUUUGGUUGAUGUUCUCUUUGAAGAGACUAUUUAUCUUAUUCGUGGUUGUCAUGGUUUGCCCUUUAAUAUACCAGGAUCUUCUUACAAUAGGGGAUUGAAGGUAAGAAAAUAUUCUUAUUAUAAAUUGCUUCUAGCUAGAUCUGAUAUAUGUCUCGUUAAAAAAGUGGCUAGAGGAGCAAUGGCUAAGAUAUAUCAACAUAUAUUAGAUGAAAGAAAAGUGAUGAUUGGGAAAAACAAAACAAGGGGAAAGUCUAACAUUUUACUAGAUAUGAUGUUAGACACUCAAGAUGAUGAUGAACAAGGAAAAGGAUUCAAUGAUGAGAAGAUCAUUGCAAUGCUUGUUUCUUAUACAUUUGCUGGUUUUGAAUCUGUUGGUUUGGACCGUUUGGUUGCAUCAACAGCCAUUAUGUAUCUACAAAAAUAUCCAAACUUCUUGAACAAAGCUAAACUCAUCUUCACACCCACUCCCGUAGACCCACCACCACCUCCAUGUCUCUGUCUCCAAUAG